AUAUUCCUUAGCCUGUGGGUUAAAACACUGGAUGCGGACAGAAUUGAAUUUGGUCGUGUGCAAGAAGCGUACGUAUAUUAUACAUGCAUGCAUCAACAUGAGCGAGCUGUGUUAUUUAAUACUGGUGGGCGGAGAAAGUUUGCUCAGUCAGCCACAUCUUAUUUGACGCCUGCAUCUCUCUUCUCCUCUCUUUCUGAUCAUCUUAUUGACAACGUCAACAUAGAACGUCCUCAAAUCACCCUUAUUGCAUAUAUAAAUUAGAACUUAUCAUUGAGGAAGAAAUUGAUCAAGUUCUACCAUGGAGAAACAGGCUAAACCAAAGAACAAGAUCUUGAAGUUUCUACCGAGAGCAGCUUCGGCAGUAGUAGUCUCCUUCCAAAACCCUCCAUUCAGCCCAAAUACAGAUAAGAGAUUGGAGAUAUAUACAAGCAAGCUUAAAGCUCAUCAUCAUGCCGGCAGAGGAUUCUCGGGUCCUAUCAUAUCAAUAAUUCCUCAUGAAGCUCGAAGGAAGCCCAAGAAUGGAGAAACGUCGACGUUCGAAACACAAGAACCCACUUCCCCGAAAGUCUCGUGCAUGGGCCAAAUCAAGCACAAGAAAACCAUCAAGAAAGCUAAGCCAAUUGCCACCUCGCACCCUCGAGAUCAUCAACUGAAGGCGGCCGUGUCGUCGUCUUCUCCUCGUGACCUAAAGAAACAUCCCUCGGUGAUUCGGAGGAUCUUUACCGGUGCAAAAACCGGUAGAAACUCAGAUGCUUCUGCUGCAGAUCAUGAGAAGCCUGCUCACGAUAGAGCGCCUUCUCUGAGUCAAAUGAAGAGGUUCUCGAGUAGACGUGAUUCGUUACCUGAUUUUGAAUGGACGGCUCAGAUUAUGCCGAUAGACAAGGACCAUCGGGAUUAUUACUCGGAUGAAGAAAGAGAUCAAGAAGAAGAAGAGGAGGAAGAAGAAGGGAUCAUAAUUCCUUUCUCUGCACCUAUAAUGAUGGUAGGUGGAGGAGUGCCUUUGCAGCCGAGAAAAGAAAUCAACCUGUGGAAGAGAAGAACAAUGGCUCCACCUAUACCUCUUGAAUUAAACUUGGUCAGGGCAAAUUGAUGUAAUUUUCUCCGGUUUAUUUUUUUCUUGUUUUUACAUAGAUUCAUGGUAAUUCAAAUAUGUGACUGAGAUUUGUAGAAAACAGUCGUUGCUUGGGGAGAAGAAAAUGUCAUGAAAUCUGAAGGAAACUGUAAUGGGCUUGAUGUGCAUCUACAAUUCAUGCGCAUGUAUAGACGAAUGUUCAAACAAAUUUACUUUUAAUUUGUCCUC